AUGUCCGACACGACUUCGUUGUCUUCGCAGGUGAAGAAGCUGAACCUCGCCGAUGCACCUGCAACUCCAAGCUCGUCAAGCUCCACGCAACCUUCUGAACUGGUAGCGGUAGUCGAUGAUCUUCUCAACCAAUUGACGACCAAGUUCAACACCGUAUCCGCCGACAUACUCGCGAAGAUGGACAGCAUGUCCCAACGCCUCGAUGCCCUCGAGUCUCAAAUCCAAGCCGGUAACGCUGCAGCAGCCGCUGAGACGGAUAAUGAAGACAAGUAG